GGUAAACGGAACACGAGCAGGGACAGAGGAGGGAGGGAGGGACUGAGCAAGAAGUAAGAGGCGGUGCCGGUGUAUGUACACAUCCAUAGUCUCCGAGAUAGACGUUAGGUCGGUCGCUUCUACAAGUCUUCAUAUUAUUCAGCGUGUUUGAGAAGCCCGACGUGUUAUCAAGCGUUGCUGUUUUUGGUUUUACCCUCGUUGAGCAUCCACAUCUGCUUCGUCUUGACGAUGAAUACAUUGGGCAGUUCUUCCAAAUGGUCAUCUUACGACUCACUACCGUCCACCUCAAGCUUUCUCCUCAGUGAGAGCGAGCAGACUGAGGAUGAAGCAGAUGUCUUCUCAGAGGGAGAAGGGGACAGUGGAAUAUCUAAGCCCAUCUCAUCCGGAAAUUACCUCAAAUUUCUGAGUCAUUCAGAUCCGUCACACACGAGGUGUAGGAGCAAGCAGGCUGAAGACUGCCAGGAGGAAGCCAAACAUUCCCACUCAGCCACCCCCCUUAGAGCUGUCGCGAUAGGCUCAUCUUCAGCAACACCAGGGGACUUGGUCUUUGCUCAGAAAUGUGCAGAUUUGCGCAGAUUUAUCCAUCCUUUACUUGGGCUUGUACAUGGACUGAAGACUGGGAGAUUUGAGAAAGGUUUAUCCAGUUUCCAGCAAAGCGUUGCCAUCGACAGAUUGCAGAGGAUCCUUGGAAUAAUUCAGAGGCCUGACAUGGGUGAGAAAUACCUUCAGAACCUGCUGCAGAUAGAGGUGAUGCUCAAAACGUGGUUCCCUCAGCAGGCAUUUCAAUCUGCAGAUACACCAAGACAGACCAUCACUCCCAGACAACUACCACCACACUGGCACCAAAAUCAGCUCCACAUGCCAGUUAAGAAGAGAAAACUGAGCUGGUCUGACCCUGAGGACUCUGGCAAAGUCCCAAACAAGCAUGAGGAAGAUCAGCAUGGAGAAGGUGGGAAAUGCCAGGCUGCAACCUCACUUGACAGCCUUUCCACAUGUCUGCCUGGAUUGCCUAAAAAACUCAGAGCUCAAGCUGAAGACACAGUUGAACCAGCUCGGGGCAGCUGCAUAGUCGGUGUUAAGAUUACAGACAGCGCUGGCUCUUUAAGCAGGCCGUCAUAUUUGUGUUACAAGAGAAAAAGUGAGAACCGGAAGCAACCUGAGAAUUCUCCAUCCUCCCCUGCACAAGACUGCUCAGUGUCCUCAACUGACACUGUUACUACAACUGACUCACCUUAGCCGGCCUUGCUACCACACAGAGGUGCAACAGCAUGCCAGCCAGAGUGAAGACAGAGGGCGGACCUGAUUAUAUAAGCGUAAAGCUGGGCACGAAGCCCUUCUGUGAUGUCUGCAAGGCAUGUAAAAUCCAGAAGAGGAGGAGGAGGAGAAUGCAGAGACACUUGUUUAACUCCUAACUGUCCGGUGUGGUUUUGAAUUACACCAGGUUUAUUGCACUAUAAUACCACAAAUUGUACAUUGUGGGAGUGUCCUUGACGUUUUCUAAGUUAAAAGACAUACUUCAUAUGUGAGGUGUUAAAUCUAUCUGUGCUCCUGUUUUGUAUUUUUUCAUAUCAUACCGUUGAAUGCAGUCCUAACAGCACCAGUGUAGGAUGUCAUGCUUUUGACCAGACAUCACUUUGCUGAAAGUUAUGAAACGAAGAGGGAAGUUGCUGUUAUAGCUGAAAGCUGAAACAAUUCAUCAGCUGUCCAUUAAGUAUCUUUUGAUGCAUAAAUGCUCAAAACUUGCUGGUCCAGCAUUGUGAAGUGUGAUGACUUUUUAGCUUUCUUUUCCCACAUGUGAUCGUAAACUAAUCUUUAGGUUUUGCCUUGUGCUGCAGCAACUUUGCGAAGACAUUUUUCACUGUUUUCUUACAUUUUGUAGACCAAAAAUGCAACAAAUCAAAUCAAAUUUCUAGUGACCAUAUUUGUUGAUUUGCAGCCCUUGCACAGUAACAAAGGAUAUUUUAGUAAUUAACCCACAUAUUAUUAAAAAUGGCAUUCAGGAAGCCUAAAAGAUAAGUUAAGCCAAAAUUAUCUACUCAACUCCUAAUUAGAUGGAAAGUCAGUUGAAGUUUUGCAGUCCACAAAACUGGCAUUGAAGUGUAAAAAAAAAAACUUAUUUUCAAAUCAGUUCAUCAUCUCAGGGCUUUGGGAGAUGAGCUGUAUGGAGCCAUUUAAUAUGUUCUUUUCUCUAUCUACUCCAGUUACUGAAAAUGGCGCAAUGCUGUUUAAUUGCAAAAUGCCAGAAAUGUUAUGUGGUCUAUAAAAAAAUUUCAUCUGACUUUAUAUCUGCAUUAGGGUGAGUAGAUCAUGACAAAAUGUUCAUUUGUGGCUGAACUGUUCCUUUAAAAUUGUACAGCUGAUGGUAGAGCAGUAGCCGCUGCCAGAAUGUGCCAAUCGAAACCAUUUUCGCAUUAUUAUCAUAUCAUGCACACAUUAUUUCACUGUCACUUAUUUGUUUUACACUUACAACACAUGAAACUAUUUUUUUCUAUGUAGAUAAAAAUAGAAGCAGAUGCACUUAUGGUCAAACAGCAAAAAAUACUUCACAGGAAGUCCAUGAACCUGACUGAUCAAUAAUCAUUGGGAUAGUUGAGGGACUAUUAGACAUUUGGCUCAGUUACUCCUUUAACUAACCAGUGAGUGAACUUGAUUUGAAGGGUUAUCUUCCUUAAUUUUAAAUGAUUGCUUUGUUGUUGUUUUUUUUUUACAUUUUGGAACAGAAAUAAUAUAUUUGAUUGGAGUAAAUUGAAAUAGAUGUAACCGUACCAUGGAUAACAAUGAGGAAAUGUUAUGAAAUGGAAACAUGAAAAAGUUGUGAUACUAUUUAUUAAAGAUCUGUUUAAUAUACUAUAUGUUUAUUAUAUAUAAUAUAAUAAACACCUUGGCAGACUUGUGGAGCCAACAUUGUAAAGCCUGUAAAAUCAGACUUUGCAGGAUAUUUACAGUGUUAUUUGAAACCUUGUCAUCUUGGUAGUGUGGAUGGAAGUAGUUGUAAGGGAUAAAGAUUAAAUUUAGUGAACUGCAAGGUUUGCUUUUCCAAAGGCAAUGUGUCAUCAUGAUGGUAAAGAGCAACUUCUUUGUCCCUGUUAAAAUGGAUUAGUGUCACUCAAAGUGCUUUAAUCUUAAUUAUGUAAUAAGGAUCACGGGGAUAUGACAGACAAAACUAUGUCCAUUCUCGAACACAUAAUUUUUUAUGGCAUUUGUACCAAUUUUUUAUUUAAAAAUCAGACGUCAUUCAUGUUGAAUGGUGUUUCAUCUCUGGUGGUUUGUCACCAGUCAGCCUUACUUAUUUGACAAAAAGAUAACCGUAAACUUGCCGAAAAUUUAAAUAAUCAGUCACAUCAUAGUGUAUUAUUUGACUAACAUUGAUGAAAUCAUCAUCUCAUCACAUAUGUCAUUGCAAACCAAAUGUGCUGCUUCGUAGAUUUUUCUUCAGCUUCAGCAUUAGUCAUUUUCAUUGUUAUGUAAAAAAACAAACUGUAAGCACAUGGUGGAGAACAAUAGUGUAGCAGUAUGUUUCUUGGUUUCUUAGAAUGAAAUUGUCAUUAUUUGUGGUUGAUUGAUAAAUGCACAUAUUUUUAUACAUUAAAUUAAUGUUGUGGUUCAUCCGAA